CCCCCGUUGUGUGUCCACACAGGGAUGCGGACCCAGCAGGGCUUGGAGGGGGGCGUGCCCCUGCCUGGGGGCAGCUGUGGAAGCAGCGGCAGCUCUGGGUUGUCGCCGGGGUCCGAGUCAGACGGAGGGAGUCCGGUGGGCGGAGGGGUAGAUAGCAUGGUGGACGGAGGUCUCGGUGUGGGUGGAUGUAUGGGUGGUGGAGGAGGAGGCAGCUUGGGCGGCACUUUGAGGGGAGUCCUGUCUCACUAUUGGAGCCUGGAGAGUCUGCACUCCACCACAGCGGUGGUUGUUCCUGAUGGGAUAUCAGAGAAGUCAGGGGUCUGUGAUGAUCUGGGCAGUGAAGAAGAUUUUCUGUAUGAAGAUUUUCGUGGUUCUGGACAUCGAUUUGGACACCCAGGAGGAGGUGGAGGAGAACAGCUUGCUAUCAAUGAGCUGAUCAGUGAUGGCAGUGUGGUGUACGCUGAAGCCCUCUGGGACCAUGUUACCAUGGAUGUGCAAGAGCUUGGCUUCAAAGUUGGUGAUGUCAUCGAAGUGGUAGAUGCCACUAACAAGGAGUGGUGGUGGGGCCGCAUUAUGGACAGUGAGGGCUGGUUUCCUGCCAGCUUUGUACGGUUGCGUGUGAAUCAGGAUGAACCUGUGGAGGAAUAUCUGGCCAGUCUGGAGGGGGCCCAAGCUGGAGAUGAAGAACGAMCAAGUCUGGGAUUAAUUUUAGGACCUGGUUUACCCUGCAAAGAACAGAUGAGAGCCAACGUCAUCAAUGAGAUCAUGAGCACMGAGCGAGAUUACAUCAAACACCUGAAAGACAUUUGUGAGGGUUACAUCAAACAGUGCCGUAAGAGGACAGACAUGUUCACUGAGGAGCAUGUCCGUACAAUCUUUGGCAACAUUGAAGAAAUCUACCGAUUCCAGAGGAAGUUUUUGAAAGGCCUGGAGAAAAAGUUCAACAAGGAGCAGCCACAUCUCAGCGAGAUCGGCUGUUGUUUCCUGGAUCACCAAACAGAUUUCCAGAUCUACUCAGAAUACUGYAACAACCACCCCAACGCCUGCAUCCAGAUCUCCAAGCUGAUGAAGGUCAACAAGUAUGUGUUCUUUUUUGAGGCCUGUCGUCUGCUUCAGAAGAUGAUUGACAUCUCAUUGGACGGCUUCCUGCUCACUCCAGUUCAGAAGAUCUGCAAGUAUCCAUUACAACUGGCUGAGCUCCUCAAAUACACCAACCCUCAGCACAGGGACUACAGGGACGUGGAGGCAGCCUUAAAUGCGAUGAAGAACGUGGCCAGGCUGAUCAAUGAGAGAAAACGGCGCCUUGAGAACAUCAAUAAGAUCGCCCAGUGGCAGAGUUCCAUAGAGGACUGGGAGGGUGAAGAUGUUCUAGUMAGAAGUUCUGAACUCAUCUUUUCAGGGGAGCUCACCAAGCUGUCCCAGCCUCAGACUAAGAGUCAGCAGAGAAUGUUUUUUCUCUUUGACCAUCAGAUGGUGUUUUGCAAAAAGGACCUCUUGCGUCGGGACAUACUGUACUACAAGGGCCGGGUGGACAUGGAUCAGAUGGAGGUGGUAGACGUAGAAGAUGGCAAAGAAAAGGAUUUUAACAUCAAUGUGAAGAAUGCUCUUAAGCUUCGUUCACUGACUGGUGAUGAGGUUCACCUCCUCUCCACCAAGAAACCUGAACAGAAGCAACGCUGGCUCAGAGCCUUUGCUGAUGAAAGGAAGCAGGUUCUCCAUGACCGUGAGACAGGCUUCUCUCUGACUGAAGUCCAAAAGAAACAGGCCAUGCUGAAUGCCUGUAAGAGACAUCCAGCUGGGAAACCCAAAGCAGUGACCAGGCCAUACUGCGACUUCCUCCUGCGACAGAAGCACCCCUCCCUCCCCACCGCUUUGCCCCAGCAGCAGGUCUUUAUGCUGGCUGAACCCAAACGCAAAACCACCUUCUGGCACAACAUUGGCAGACUGACUCCCUUCAAGAAGUGAAACCCAAGAGAGAAGACGAGAAGUGAAGUUGUGGAAGGGGGCGGAGCRGCAGAAUCAGACGUGAAGAGCUCUCUGCUCGUGCCUGAAAGACCUUUUUAACUGUCCCCCUUAUUUCUUUCCAACUUGUAACCUUUCCAGGAUUAAUAUCUUAACUUGUACAGAAGCAAAGGAUUCUAAUGAGGAUGAGAUUAUUUUUAUGAAAGCACUUUAUAGGUUAAAGAAUAAUCGGAUAAGAGAACGGUUUCCUGGAGUCAAACAGCGAGAGAGGACUUUUUUAAACGUACUUCUGCUACUUCUUAAAGCAAAAAGCGGUUGGUUUAACUCCUACUGUACCUCUGCAGUGACUGGGACUCAUGGCUGAGCUGCCUUUGUGGAAUYGUUGCCUGUAAACAAAACUGUGUUGUUUUAUUCUGCUGUUUUAUCGUUUCGUUUCAUGGUUUUUUGACGAACUUGCCAACUUCUCAUUGUGUCAAAAGAUAGAUUUUAAUAUGUUGAUUUGUUCUAUGUUUGCUUUGAAAAAGAAUUAUAAAAAGAAAAGGAAAACUACGUUGAGGAUAAAACUCUUUGUGCUUCUCUCUGUGCUAAUAUAUUUUGUAACCAUUUCAAACACGUUUGAUAUGUUCUGUGCUCCCCAUCUGUAAAGUUUUAUUUUGUUGUUUUAGUAUUUUCUCUGAUUCAGUUGUUGGACUGUGGUAACAUUUAAUACAAUGCAGCCCAAAGAAUUUGAGAUGUUUUUUUUAAACAAGCAGAAGUAACCUGCACGAUCAAGUCCGAUCCUCAACUUUUCCUCAUACCUACUGCGGUGAUGAAAGUAAACAACCUGCUCUAAUUUUUCUCUCACUUUAUAUUAUUUUAAUAUAUUUUAUUUGAUAAAGUGCCAUUUCAGGUGUGACAUGGACAACUUAAAAUGACAUGCAUGGAUGUGACAAACUAAUACUGUGAAGACUUUCUUUUCUUUUCUUCUUUCUUUUUUUUUAACCUCAUGAGAACCCUGGUUGCUCUAACUAAUCUGAUGGACAAGCUGAUGGGAUGAUACACGCUCACAUCAACUCUAUUGUCUACCAGUGCUUCUAAUAUCCAGUAUUCCUGCUCUGUUUAUCUGGUCACAAGUGUAAUCUCAUCUCAGAUCAGUGCAGCCCAGUGAUGUUGCUCUGUAAGUGCAUUCAGUGAAGUGUACUCCUUCAACUUUCUGUUCAAAUGGUACACAAUAUUAAACAUUCCUAUGCUAAAAAAAA